AUGAAUCCAAUGGGGACUAAUGCAAUAAGCAACGAAGAACUCAAAGAGAUUGAGAAUAUUGGAAGAGAGGACAUUGAAGAGGCUCCGGUUGUGCCUGAUGACGUGAGUAAACCAGCGCCAUGGCCAAAACAGAUUACAAUUAGGGGACUGGUGGCCAGUUUACUGAUUGGAGUAAUUUAUAGUACGAUUGUGAUGAAGCUGAACCUCACAACUGGGUUAGUCCCCAAUCUCAAUGUCUCAGCUGCUCUCCUUGGUUUUGUGUUCAUUAGAGCUUGGACUAAGAUUCUUGCAAAGGCCAAAAUUGUUUCAACACCAUUCACUAGACAGGAGAAUACGGUAAUCCAGACUUGUGCGGUCGCUUGCUAUAGCAUCGCGGUAGGAGGUGGUUUUGGAUCUUACCUCUUGGGUUUGAAUAGAAGAACAUAUGAGCAAGCAGGGGUUGAUACAGAAGGGAAUAAUCCUUCGAGUAUUAAGGAGCCUGGAAUUGGAUGGAUGACAGCCUUUCUCUUUGUCACCAGCUUUGUUGGGUUGUUGGCGUUGGUUCCCAUUAGAAAGAUUAUGAUAAUAGACUAUAAAUUAACUUAUCCAAGUGGAACUGCUACUGCUGUUCUUAUCAACGGGUUCCAUACUCCUAAAGGAGAUAUGAUGGCCAAGAAGCAGGUUCAUGGUUUCUUGAAAUUCUUCUCAACCAGUUUCCUCUGGGCUUUCUUCCAAUGGUUUUAUUCGGGUGGAGAGAGUUGUGGAUUUGCUCAGUUUCCCACUUUUGGAUUGAAAGCAUGGAAAAAUUCAUUCUAUUUUGAUUUCAGCAUGACUUAUGUCGGAGCAGGAAUGAUAUGUUCCCAUCUUGUUAAUUUAUCCUUGCUUCUGGGUGCUGUGAUUUCAUGGGGCAUUAUGUGGCCAUUAAUCCGGGGACUAAAAGGUGAAUGGUUUCCGGCAAGUAUACCAGAAAGUAGCAUGAAGAGUCUUAAUGGCUAUAAGGUUUUUAUUUCCAUUGCAUUGAUUCUUGGUGAUGGGCUUUACAAUUUCGUCAAAGUCCUCUAUUUCACUGCCACGAAUAUCCACGCCUCCGUCAAAAGGAAGAACCUUAAUACAUUUUCAGAUAACCAGAAACCGAUUCCUAUUGAUGAUCUUAGAAGGAAUGAAAUGUUUGCAAGAGAGAGCAUUCCUAUAUGGUUGGCAUGUGCUGGGUACAUAUUGUUCUCCAUCAUUUCUAUCAUUGUAAUCCCUUUGAUGUUCCCCCAGUUGAAGUGGUAUUACGUGGUGUUCGCCUAUCUUUUCGCACCCUCUCUUGGCUUCUGCAAUGCUUAUGGUGCAGGCUUAACAGACAUGAACAUGGCCUAUAACUAUGGGAAAGUGGCUCUCUUUGUGCUUGCAGCCUUGGCAGGAAAAAGUGAUGGUGUAGUUGCUGGACUUGUGGGGUGCGGCCUGAUAAAGUCUAUUGUCUCCAUUUCAUCUGAUUUGAUGCAUGAUUUCAAGACUGGCCAUCUCACUUUCACUUCCCCCCGUUCAAUGCUUCUAAGCCAAGCAAUUGGGACAGCAAUAGGUUGUGUUGUUGCUCCCCUCACAUUCUUCCUUUUCUACAAGGCUUUUGAUGUGGGGAACCCAGAUGGGAAUUACAAGGCUCCAUAUGCCAUCAUUUAUAGAAACAUGGCAAUUCUUGGUGUGGAAGGAUUCUCUGCCCUCCCUCAGCACUGCUUGCAACUCUGCUAUGGAUUUUUUGCAUUUGCCAUAGUAACCAACUUGGUCAGAGAUCUUGGCCCCCAAAAGGUUGGGAAAUGGAUUCCACUUCCGAUGGCAAUGGCUGUUCCUUUCCUAGUUGGUGGUUACUUUGCCGUUGACAUGUGCGUGGGUAGUUUGGUUGUGUUUGUGUGGCACAAACUGAACAGAAGUGAGGCAGGUUUGAUGGUUCCUGCAGUUGCUUCUGGUUUGAUUUGUGGAGAUGGAUUGUGGAUUCUCCCUUCAUCUAUUCUAGCUUUGCUAAAGCUUCGUCCCCCAAUCUGCAUGAGCUUCCUGUCAGCCAGUGCCAGUUAG